AUGCAACCAUGCCGUCCGCGUUUGUGUGCGUGUCAAGACGCUCGUAGCGUCGGAAUAGGAGCCCUGUACGCAUCCGGCAACUGGGCCGCGCUCCGCACAAAUGUGGCGGUCUCGCCAAGGGCAACGGUACAGGAACUGCUGACACCAUCGCUUGUGCCUACACGACACUAUCAGCGGAGUCUCCCCAAGCUGCCGCUGCCGGCUCUUCAUGACACAUUGCAGCGGUACCUGGCGGCUGCGGCGCCUCUCUGUACACCGCAGCAGCUUGCCUCCACGAGCGCGACUGUAGCCGCCUUUCUGAACGGGGAAGGGCGCCACGUCCACGAGGAGCUGCGACGCACUGACAAGGCAAACCCGCACACGUCGUACAUUUCGUCCGACCUGUUCGAGCAGACCUUGAAAGGGCGGAGCGCGCUGCCGCUGCGUUCGCACAGAACGUGGCUUGUGCGGCCGGAUCCGGAGAAGCAAGACAUGCUAGUACGGAGCGCCUACUGGCUCUGGGCCUCGGUUCACUUCUACAAGUUGUACCUCGAUAAUCAACUCCGCCCGGAGGUGCGGUACGCUGCUGAUGGCAUCUGGACGAAAAGGAGCGGCUACUGUACCUCCGAGUGGUUCCAACGCACGGCGGCGCUGCUCCCCGAUUAUGUGAGCACCCCGUUCGUCCACGGCACCUCGCUAGGUGUCGCGCAGCCGCUGGAUAUGUCGCAGUUUGACUGCCUUUUUAAUUCUACGCGGAUGCCAGGUGUCCUCCAGGACGAAAUAAAGCCGGUCGGCUUUGUACCCCAUGCAUUGGUGCAGUACCGCGGUCAUCAGUUCCAGAUCACUGUGGCCGAUGCAGACUGCGUGCCGCUUUCCAUUGAUGAGCUGUACGCUCAGCUGCGUGAUAUUGUGCGCACAAACUUAGCACCGGCGGACACCGACGUAAGUGUCUUCACUGCACUGCCGCGCACGGAGUGGAACGGGAUCCGGACAAUGCUGUUACGAAACGUCGUCAAUGGCAAAAGCCUGGAGGCGGUGGAGGAGAGUAUGCUGGUGCUCAACCUCGACGCGGACGAUGAGGGGGACGCCUUGGUGGACCCAAUGUCUCCUGUGGGGGUGACGGCGAAGUCGCCUUCCGUGCGAGCCGGCAACCGUUGGUGGGACAAGAGUCUGUCGGUGUCUGUUAACAGCCGCGGCGACAUUGCCGUCUCAGCCGAGUCGAGCUGGGGCGACGGCGUGGCAGUGCGACGGUACAUCAACGAUGUAUACGCUCUCAGUCGUGCAGCGCAUAGUCAUGUGUUACGGAAGGACGCGCCGGCCACGCACAGGCUCCGCCAGCUUCAGUGGCACGUCCCAGACGAGCUCGUGGCUACGGCGCAAAGGGUCACGAGGCGUGUAAGCAAGGACCGCGAGCGCCUCGAUGUCGCCGCCGGAGUGCUUGACAUUGCCACAACACCGACUCCCGCCGUCGAGGCCACGGUGCAGCUGGCGGCACAGCUCGCCAUGUUCCGCGUGCACCAGCAGCAGCCGAUGAACUGCAUGCAGAACACCGACAUGCAUCGCUAUCGCCGCGGCCGCAGCGAGCGAAUCCCGCUCACCACGCUGGAGAGCACCGCUUUCCUGCUGAGCAUGCGCUCCUCAGUACGGGAGACGCAGCAGGCCGCGUGCUACGCGGCCUUGCGACGCUACAAGGUGGAGAAGGAGGCCGUCAGUCGCGGAAGCAGCACCUGCAGCCACCUGCUCGCCUUGCGCCUAACGGCGGAGCGCUUUCUUGGCCGAGUUCCUGACGUGUACAACGACCCUGUCCUUUCGCUUGUCACUGAACCUGCGUUGUGCUUGGAGAUGGUCGAAGCGGAGUCGACCUAUGGCUGUGGGUACACGCUCCACCCAUGCAGUUGCCACCUCACCUGUAGCCGCACCGGAUCGACUCUGCUGUAUCAGGUGACAUCUCCACCCCCAUCGUCUAUAGGCGUUGCCACCUCCAGCGCCACCUUUGCAGCGGCCUUUACACACGCAUGCCAGGAGGUGUCGGCCCUGCUGGCGCCGUGCUGA